AUGUCCCAGUUGGAAAAAGAUGAACAAGCAGCCGUGCGCGACGCAUUGGCACAGACUUUGAAAAGUCUAGCUUUUUCAGAGGAGGAGAGCCAGCUGAUCGAGGAGCUUUUCAGGAAGAUGAAAGGUCACGGGCCAGAGCUCUUGCAAGAUCCACAAGGGACGUCGGCGAAGGUCAUGGAGUUGCUUUUAAGACUCUUACAGGGCUCGCCUGAAGAGAAAGAAGCCGCCAAAGAAGAAAUUUUGGCAAUGCCUGAGACGGUUCCAGCACUCUCAAGUGAAGAGGAGUCCAAGGCUAGCAAGAAACUUGAAGAACUGGAAAAGGAGUUCGAGGAACAUCGUGGAGAGAUUGAAUUGGCCUUGGAUGAGGUGGAGACAAAGACCAACGAGGCUGUCGAAGAGGAGGCAGAUGAUGAACAUGAUACCGGCGGCUCUGCUUUGCAGGUCACUCCCGACGACUCUGAUGAAUAUAGAAUACAACCCAACAGCCCACUCUGGAACGUCAUCAUGGCCUCGCUGCUGACCUGUACUGUCAUGGGCGUUCUUGUCACUACCUUGACACUUGGAGCGUACAUUGUGGGGUUGUUCGUGACCUACGGACUUUUGGGUGCGAUGUUCUGCGCUUUGGAUGCUGACCAGGCCUUCAUGAAAUGCAUGAAUCACCUGGCGGCGCCCUUCAAAGCGGUCAAGUACAUUGCCAAGGGCCUUUGGCGCAUGGUGCGUGGGAAGAAGGACCCCAGCGCGCCCUUGCCCGCACCGGUGUCUGAGAAGACGGGCGUUGACCAUGUAGACUCUAAGGCGCCAUCGUCAUGA